AAUUGUUUGCUCUUUCCGGUUUCCAACUUGUGGCAGUGAAGAUUUCUGAACUAAUACAAUGGCCAAGUCCAAGAAUCAUACCAAUCACAACCAGAAUCAGAAGGCACACAAGAAUGGCAUCAAGAAGCCAAAGCGUCAGCGAAACGAAUCAACCCGCGGUAUGUGCCAAAAGUUCCUGCAUAACCUGCGGUUUUCGAAGAAAGGAAAUUUGUCUCGAGAGGAAUCGCUGAAGCGAGCUGAAGAGCGCAAGGCCAAGUUCGCUGGUCAACCAGCCCCAGUUAGGCUGUAGAAUGUAUUUAAAUAUGAACCUUUUCUAACCGCAUUCCCUAGGACAGUGUGGAAGCACCAUGUUGGAGUGGUUUAUAAUUUACCCGAAGUUCAGUGUACAAGAAUAUUGAAAAUAAAGCUACUCUAACAUGGAUUGUAA